AUGCUCACUAUCCCCCUUAUUAUUGAUAAUGAGGACAUUCUCCUCGAGGGCAGACGGGAGCCUGUCAAUGUGUGCACCGGCCCUAAAACGUUCCAGGGGGCCACCAAAGAGAUCGCCCUCAAGGCGGCAGAUUCGAGUGCGCGCGCAUUUGAAUCAUGGAGCAGGACGUCUCCAGCAGAGCGGAGAGCAUCUUUAUUGAGACUUGCCGAGGUCGCCAGAUCCCGAGCGGCGGAAUUGGAACAGCUGGCACAGGACGAGGUGCAGGCGGAGCCCUUCUGGGCGCAUCUGACCAUGCAAGACGCCAUCGGGUUGAUCGAAGACUGCGCCGGAAAGACAUCCCCAACAGGCUCCGUUCCGACGAUGGAGGGCGGCGCGUACGGGCUGGUGAUGAAGGAGCCACUCGGCGUCGUGCUGGGGAUAGCGCCCUGGAAUGUUCCGAUCUUUCUCUCGCUGCGGGCCAUCAUCGCGCCUAUCGCAGUGGGCAACACUGUGGUUCUCAAGGGCAGUGAGCUUUCCCCCCGGGUGCACUACACCAUCGCGAGUCUGUUCCGGGACGCCGGAUUCCCUCCCGGGGUGGUCAACCUGCUGCUGCAUCGCCCAUCGGAUGCGGCGGAGAUCUUCGACACGCUCAUCACCCACCCGGCGAUCAAGAAGUGUAACUUCACCGGCUCGACGGGGGUGGGCAGGAUCGUGGCCUCCCAGGCGGCCAUGGCUCUCAAGCCUGUCCUGCUCGAGCUGGGGGGCAAGAACUAUACCAUAGUCCUUGAUGAUGCGAAUCUAGAUCUCGCCGCCGAGCAGAUCCUCCGGGGGGCCUUUUUAAAUAACGGCCAGAUCUGCAUGUCCACCGAUCUAGUAUUGGCGACCAAGACCGUCUCAAAAUGCCUGGAAGCGAAGAUGCAAGCCCUGCUGCAGCAUGUCGGCCGCCGGACAGUCAUCACACCUGCGGCAAGAAGCAGACUGGACCGGCUGGUGGAGGAUGCUGAACGCAAGGGCGCCAAAGCGUAUACCGCGCCCCGGGCCGAGACCGACUCGCUUUCGGCCCGAGAGUUUAUGCCCACUGUCCUGACAGGGGUCACAUCCGAGAUGGAAUUCUUCCAUACCGAAGCCUUUGGCCCGAUGGUUGGGAUUGUGGCCGUGGAUGCGGAAGAGGACAUCUUCAAGCUCGCAGAUCGCGCUCGCUACGGACUGUCGGCGGCAAUCAUCUCGAGCAAUCAUCUGCGGGCCUUGCAGCUGUCGCGCCGGCUCAAGACAGGCGCAGUGCAUAUCAACUUUAUGACUGUCUAUGACGAUAACGCGCUCCCGCAUGGAGGAAGGGGAGAGAGUGGCUGGGGGAGGUUUGGCAGUCAUUGGGGGGUGGAGGAGUUCAUCCAAACCAAGUCCAUAGUCCUACAUGCAUAG